UGAAAGUUAUCCUGCAUAAAGGCUGUUUUGUCUCACUCGUUGUCUCCUUGUUUGCAUAAGUGCUUCGAGGAGGGUAAGCUGAAGAAGCAGGAGUGAACCUCUUUAAGAUGCAGAGCUGGUGCCUGGCUGUAGCAGAGAGGAGGUGGCAUUCCUGCCUGCAGCCACUGGCUCCUCUGUUGCUUUGGGGAGUGGAAAUCAGGAUUAGCAUGUCCUGGUUGGAUUCAAGGCUCAGCAUCAGCUGGCACUGGGAAAGGGGACGUAGCACGACACACUGUUCUGGACUGGAAGCCUCCCAGACUCCAAGAAACCCGCUUCUUUUUUGGUGAAACAGACCCUGACCUCGGGUUUCCUUACUGCAUGCCCGCUCACCAGUGCUGGAUUAUGUUUGUCUCCUUCUCCCUUUGCUCCAUAAUCUGGCUGAAUCGUGGUUUCAAGCUCAGGAAAAGGGGCUGCACCUAAAGAGCUCUGGGGCACCCAGACUAGGCUCCUGGGGUGCUGUUUCACACAGAGACAUUCAGAGUGCUGAUGGGGGAGAGCUGCCUCUGAGGACCCUCCUCUCCUGCCUGAAACGUGCUGUCUGACUGUUCAGAGCCCUUCUCCUCUCCCCCCAGCAGAGAGGAUGGGCAGCACCGACGGCUUCCAGUACCGCGCGCUCUACCCCUACCGCAAGGAGCGCGAGGAGGAUAUCGACCUGCUGCCCGGGGACAUCCUGGUCGUCAGCAAGGGGGCCCUGCAGUCCCUGGGUUUCAAAGACGGGGAUGAGCAGACCCCCAACCAGAUCGGGUGGAUCCUGGGUGUCAACGAGCGGACCAAGCAGAAGGGGGACUUCCCUGGCACCUACGUGGAGUAUGUGGGGCCGGUGAAGAUCUCGGUCCCUUCUCACCGGCCCCGAGUGCAGAGACCCUUGCCUGCCACGCCUGGGGCCAGCGGCUGCCGGCUGCCGGAGGCUGUGGAGCAAGGGUCUCCUCUUCUGGACUUGCAGGAGCAGUUCAGCCCUCCCGAGAUUGCUCCGCCGCUCCUGGUGAAGCUGCUGGAAGCUAUUGAGAAGAAAGGGUUAGACAGCGAGAUGUUGUACAGGACAUCUGGCUCCGAACUGAGGCAGGCGCUGAGAACCGAUUGGACCCUGGGUGACCUGGAGCCCCUGGACGUGCACUCCCUGGGUGAGGUGCUGCGGGGUUAUCUGCAGGACCUGCCCUCCCCCGUGGUGCCUGUGUCCGUGCAUGGAGACAUCCUUCGCAUCCUGCAGGAGAUCCCCCAGCCAGAGAAUUGCCGGAAGCAGCUGCUGCUGGCCCUGGAGUCGCCUGCGGUACCGCUCCAGAACACGCUCACCCUGCAGUUCCUGCUCCGGCAUCUGGGGAAGGUAUCACAGCGGGCCGAGAGCAACGGCCUCCACCCUCGGGCCCUGGGAGAGAUCUUCGGCCCCCUGCUCCUGCGGCUGCCUGGCGCCAGCCCAGAGCUGAGCCCUGACUUCUCCGUGCUGUUUUUGGAGACACUCCUGCAGACGAAGGAGCUGGAACCGGAACAGUUGCCUCCAGCCUUGCCUCCCAAACCACCGAAGCCAAAGCCCAGCGCAGCCAGCCUGGCCAACGGGAACAGCACACCCUUGCAGGAUGCUGAGUGGUACUGGGGGGACAUUUCUAGGGAGGAGGUGAACGAGAAGCUACGGGACACACCGGAUGGGACUUUCUUGGUGCGUGAUGCUUCCAGCAAGAUCCAGGGGGAAUACACACUCACGCUCAGGAAGGGAGGCAAUAACAAGCUGAUCAAGAUCUUCCACCGGGAAGGGAAGUAUGGCUUCUCAGAGCCCUUGACUUUUGGCUCCGUGGUGGAGCUCAUCACCCACUACCGGCACGAAUCGCUCGCCCAGUACAAUGCCAAGCUGGACACCAGGCUGCUCUACCCCAUUUCCAAGUACCAGCAGGACCAGCUGGUGAAGGAGGACAGUGUGGAAGCCGUUGGGGAGCAACUGAAGGUGUAUCAUCAGCAGUACCAGGACAAGAGCUGGGAGUACGACCUGCUGUAUGAGGAGUACACACGCACUUCCCAGGAGCUGCAGAUGAAGAGGACGGCAAUCGAGGCCUUCAAUGAGACGAUCAAGAUCUUUGAGGAGCAGUGUCAGACCCAGGAGAAGUGCAGCAAGGAGUACAUAGAGCGCUUCCGGCGGGAGGGCAACGAGAAGGAGGUGCAACGGAUCCUCAUGAACUCGGAGAAGCUCAAGUCUCGCAUCACAGAGAUCCACGACAGCAAGAUGAAGCUGGAGCAGGACCUGAAGAAGCAAGCCUCGGAGAACCGGGAGAUCGACAAGCGCAUGAACAGCCUCAAGCCAGACCUCAUGCAGCUGCGCAAACUGCGGGACCAGUACUUGGUAUGGCUCACGCAGAAGGGUGCCCGACAGAAGAAGAUCAACGAGUGGCUGGGCAUCAAGAACGAGACGGAGGACCAGUACUCCAUGAUGGACGACGAGGAGGAGCUGCCCCACCACGAGGAGCGAACGUGGUACGUGGGGAAGAUCAACCGCGUGCAGGCAGAGGAGAUGCUGUGUGGCAAGAGGGAUGGCACCUUCCUGAUCCGUGAAAGCAGCCAGAAGGGAUGCUAUGCCUGCUCUGUGGUGGUGGACGGUGACACCAAGCACUGCGUGAUCUACAAGACGGCGACGGGCUAUGGGUUCGCUGAACCCUACAACCUCUAUGCCUCCCUCAAGGACCUGGUCUUGCACUACAAGCACACGUCCCUGGUGCAGCACAAUGACUCCCUGAAUGUCACGCUGGCUCACCCGGUCCUUUCCCAGCCACCAGCCAGAUGAGCAGCCCAUGCACAACACAACAGCUGCCUUCAGCUUCUCCCCAGGGCGCUGCUUUCUGGCUCUGGACUCUUGCACCCUGUAUAGUUGAGUCUCUGUGCUCCUGCUCCUUCAGAGCCUUUGAGAUGUCUGUGACUGUUCCUGAUGUCCCUCUUGGUCAGUAGCUGAAACCCAUGUUGGCUGAUGGGACAGAAAGGCUGGGCUGUUGAUUCCCAGCGGGCUCCAGCCUCUAGGAGGUGGGAUCCAGUCGUGAUUGAAUUGCUGGGGGCGAGCACAGCCCCCUCCCCUUCCCUGAUAAGCAGGUCAGAUCCCCUUCUUGCUGGCAGGUUGCCCCGCUAUGCAUCACUGUAGAGCUUGGUUCCCAAUUCCUCGGAGCACUCCAGCUGGGACCGAGGGGCUCCCUGUCUGGAUGCUGGAGGAGGCAGAGGAGCAGCGUAUGCAUCCUUCAGUCUCGCUUCCCUUGGUGGUCUGGCAGGCUGUGAUGGUGUCUGGUACGAGGGCUGCUGCUCUUGCAUGCAGAGACUCAUUUAGGAAGGAGAAACCUCACCCUCCGUGGGGCUCCCCGGCUGAGGUUUCCCCACCUCACCGUCAUUCCCUAGUGUCAUAACCACCUCUGGACUGUUGCUGCCCGGGCAGGGAGGAUCCAGUUAGUGAUGGAUCUCUUGCUUUAGUUGUGCCAGUGAAGCUGUGAAAUCCGUGUUGGUACCCGUGUUUUUCCUGGCAGGAUCUGUGGGAUGCACAGCUCGUUGUUCCCGGCUGGCCUCAGUGACUCUCUGCACACGUAACCUGUUUGAAGCUGGACUAUAGCUCUGUAAAUAUGGUUCUUUUUGUGA